UAGCAACAAUGAGACCGUUCUGCGGGAUAUUUUGACCACCCCAUUCAAUGACAGACCAGGAAAUAAUAUAGGCCAGGCAAUGACAUACGCACGUCAUUUUUUGCUGAGCACGCAAGCAGGUCGUAGGUAUGGUGUUCCCGGGGUGGUUGUCAUUAUCGCUGACGAGAAGUCAACCGAUGAUCUUAGCCAGCCCGCUGCUGCUGUUAGAGCCGAUGGUGUGACAGUGUUGGCGGUAGGAAUUGGACGCGCAGACUCUAGAGAGCUGCGUUUGGCAGUGACGGAUGGCAGCACUCAGAAUCUGCUCUAUGCUCAAGACGCAAAUCAGCUCUAUGGUCUCCACCCCGACCUGGCAGACCUCCUCUGUGGCCUUGCACGAGGGACUAGUGUCACGCCAGUGCCUUGUACUGUAGAGUGUCCAAAGGGUGCUAAAGGGGAACCGGGUCAGAAGGGUGAGAGGGCCAGAGAUGGAGUGGAUGGAAGAAAAGGCGAGCCUGGUCGUGAUGGUUUACCCGGUCGUGAGGGCCCCAGAGGGCCAGAGGGGCCACCAGGUCAACCAGGCAGUGGUCUGGGAAUGAGAGGAGAGAAAGGCGAGAGAGGUUUCCCAGGAUUGGAUGGCAGUCCAGGUGUUCUAGGUCGUCCUGGUGCAGUUGGAUUACCAGGCAGUCAGGGAUUACCAGGUGUUAGAGGAGACCCUGGAGAACCAGGCAUUCUAGGCCCUCAGGGAAUAAAGGGAGAGAAAGGUGAAAGGGGGGAACCUGGAUCUGCUGUUGGAGGAGGUUUACCGGGCCGCAAAGGAGAGCCAGGAAUCCCAGGGAUCCCUGUAAGAAACACAAGAAAAUCAUUUUCACCUGCACAAUGA